GUUGUUUCCGCGGGGGUUUGGGGGGGGGGAGUUCAAGUCGGAAGAAGAGACUGCGUCCGCUACCGUCGCUCCUAUGUGUUGAACUCGCCGUUUUAACGCCGCGUAGCUUUUUAACCGCUUCGCCAUGAGCCGUCCGUCCUCAGCGGGUGGUGCGGCGGGAGGACUCGGAGCCGGCAAAGCGGGAGGAAACAAGCACGGAGUCUCGGGAGGUGGAGGAGGUGGUGGUGCCGGAGGAGGAGCAGCGGCAGCCGCAGCAGCAGCGGUGGCAGCGGCGGCGGCGGCGGCAGCAGCUGGGGUGUCGGGCUCAGUGGCCGGCUCGGUCCCUGCGGUGGCUGCCGUGGCCUUGCCACACUCCGCCCUCGGUAGCCAGUCUGCGGAGCUCACGGCGUUGUUUGAGUGUCCCGUGUGCUUCGACUACGUGCUGCCCCCGAUCCUGCAGUGUCAGGCCGGACACUUGGUAUGUAAUCAGUGCCGACAGAAGCUGAGCUGCUGUCCGACAUGCCGCGGGCCGCUGACCCCGAGCAUCAGGAACCUGGCCAUGGAGAAAGUCGCGUCCACGCUGCCGUUUCCUUGUAAGUAUGCUUCGGCGGGUUGCCUGCUGUCGCUGCACCACAGCGAGAAACCAGAGCACGAGGAGGUUUGCGAGUUCCGCCCGUACACCUGCCCCUGCCCGGGCGCUUCUUGCAAAUGGCAGGGCUCCCUGGAAGCAGUCAUGCCCCACCUCAUGCACGCCCACAAAUCCAUCACCACACUGCAAGGCGAAGACAUCGUCUUCCUGGCAACAGACAUCAACCUGCCUGGCGCGGUGGACUGGGUCAUGAUGCAGUCCUGCUUCGGCCACCAUUUCAUGCUGGUGCUGGAGAAACAGGAGAAGUACGAAGGCCACCAACAGUUCUUUGCAAUCGUGCUCCUCAUCGGUACUCGCAAACAGGCUGAGAACUUCGCCUACCGCCUCGAGCUGAACGGCAACCGCAGACGGCUUACGUGGGAAGCCACACCGCGGUCUAUUCACGACGGCGUAGCCGCAGCGAUCAUGAACAGCGACUGCCUCGUCUUUGACACCUCCAUCGCCCACUUGUUUGCCGACAACGGCAAUUUGGGCAUCAAUGUGACCAUUUCCAUGUGCUGAGGUGGUCCAAACUCCAGAGCGGCUUUCCCAGCGAUUGACUGUUGUGCCACGACAGGGUGGAGGGUCGGUUAGGAAGAAUGGCAGGUUGGGAGAUGUAUACAUUUUGUGUAUGUGUCUUUUCAAGAAUUGUUCCUCGCAAGAUGGCGCACAAAUGGCUUCAGUCGGGGUUAAGAUCCGGAGCCUGGCCCUGUCUACAACCGCAGCCAAGACGCCCCAUGCUGUGGUCCUGACGCUGAAGCCAGGCCUGACGACGGGCCUCCAAGAGUUUUCUCCACGAAAAUCAUAGCACGGCUGCUUCACACCACAUACGUGUGACAAAAAUUUUGCACUGACUUUUCAGAUCGAACCAUGACUGUGUAGAUGCUAAGAGUUUGCAGCUCCCAGUAACUAAAUGGUGUACAUGGUGGAAAUAAAGUUAUCUUCACUGCACUUGUGAGCCACCAGCUCUGUCAGGCCAAUGCAUGACUUGCAUAUUCAUGGUUAGGUUGUGUUUAUACAUGUUUAUCUUUACUCACAUCACCACUGGAUAAUCACGGAACCUUCACCUGGUGUGAACGAUGGCCAAGCAGAUGUUUCCCUCCAAACCCCAGAGCCGAGCUUUCCAUCGUUAAUCAAGUGAAAUAAAUACAGCCAGUUUGUCUCGAGCUUUUUCCAGCCAUACGCUAUUCCUCAUAUCACUGAAAUAAAUCUUCUCACAUACUGUAUGAUCUUGAUACUUGAAUGUUUUGGAACUGUGGUACUCCGGACUCGGUAUCAUACGGUCCUAGUCCGGUUCCUGGUGACUGCACGUAAACAUUAUCAGUCUGCAUGCUAUCGGCUAAAUGCUAACUGUUCUCGGAUGCACAGGCACUGCAUUGGAGUGGUUCAGGGUUUCAGGAUUGCCUGUGUUUUUGUUCCCUACCUAAUUUUUUAUUUUUAUUUUCCAAAAGGAUGAUCGGUUACAGUUUGUAAAUAUUGACAGAAAAAUAGUUUAUUUGCUGUGUGCUAUUGUUAUGUCUCUUUAAAUGGGUUGUUUAGUCUAGCUUGAUUUGUGAUCCCGCUUUUUAAACUGCAACUCCGAGAUUAUUUUUGUUUUUUAUUUUUGUUUUUGUGUUUGUUUUUUUCUUCUUCUUCUUCUUCUUCUAGGUGAAUCAACCUUGCAGCGCCUUACUUGUAUACAACCACAACCUUUCAGAGCCCAUCAGGGCUCCUGCUGAAAUUCAGGUCUGUAAUCCAGGACUCUGAUUUAAGAGCCUUAUUCAUAAAUAAUGGCAUUAAUGGGGAAAAAAAAAGAUUGUGCAACAUGCAUUAGAAAACCUCCAGAAGUCCACAGCAGUAGCCUAGACAAAAAAAAAAACAAAUCCCAAACCUCUACACAAAUACCUCUGAUGUCAAACACGUCUGUAAGUGGACUCGAUCCCUGGACCCUGGUGGUCUUGGGUUAAACGAUUCACUCAUCCUUCUCUUUCUGUUACUCUUAUUUAAAUAUGUAAAUGUCGGUUUUUAUUGUUUCCUCCGGGGAUGCUAACCAGUUGUUUGUGUUAACGGACUUUGUGUUAAUGUCGGUGUAAGACUUGAAGGAAACGUUAAGGUUUAUCCCCCCCCCAAAAUACGCUUUGAAUCACCCAGUUGCCAUGGUAACCUGAUAUCGCAAUCAGAACCACGGAUAAUAGAGCACAGAAGUGGCAUUCCAGGCAUUCAUGAAACCCACAGUGAUGCUAAAUUACACACAAUCCUGAGGAUUCUCCUGCAGAUCGAGACCCGUUUUGGCAAAAAUGACACAAAUAUCACAAAGCUAUUUCGACAAUAGUCCAUGCUUAUUAUUUAAUGUCUAAAUAAAUAACUUCAGACUGGGAAAAAAGGAAAAUUAUAUUCGAAUCAAUAAAUUAUUAAAUAAUAUUUUAAAGUUAAGAAUUGAUGAUUCUUUGAAAGAAAUGUAUGAUUUUUGUGAUCAGAUCUGUAAUAAACAUUAACAGCUACACUGUUUUUUAUCUUAA